CCAAAUUAACACAUUCAAGCCCCCGAAUCCCACUCAACUCCACCAUCCCCCAUAUUUUAACUCCUGACCCAAACUCCUAACACCACCAAAAUCACAACCCUCCCACACCCAAAAUAGUUCUCCUCCCUUGGCCCUCUCUUUCCGGGGCCUCAGCCCAGCAACAACAACCAUGGGAGCCUCCAGCACCGCCACCGCGACCACCCCAUCCAGCACCCUUUCCCCCUCCAUCCUCAAAAGAAUCCUCCUCUCCUACACCUACGUAGCCAUAUGGAUCUUCCUUUCCUUCACCGUAAUAGUCUACAACAAAUACAUCCUCGACCGAAAAAUGUACAAUUGGCCUUACCCAAUCUCCCUAACUCUCAUCCACAUGGGCUUCUGUUCCUCCAUAGCUAUCCUCCUCGUCCGCAUCUUCCAAGUCGUGGACCUCCCUUCCUCCAUGUCACCCCGUCUCUACCUAUCCUCUGUAGUCCCCAUAGGUGCCCUUUACUCCCUUUCUCUUUGGCUCUCUAACUCCGCCUACAUCUAUCUCUCCGUUUCCUUCAUCCAAAUGCUUAAGGCCCUCAUGCCGGUUGCUGUUUACUCCAUCGGAGUUCUCUUUCGAAAAGAUUCAUUUAAAUCUUCCACCAUGGCUAACAUGCUCACUAUUUCCUUCGGGGUCGCCGUUGCUGCUUAUGGUGAAGCCAAAUUCGAUACUUGGGGUGUUUUUUUACAGCUUGGAGCCGUUGCUUUUGAAGCUACAAGACUGGUUUUAAUCCAAAUACUCCUCACUUCAAAAGGAAUCAAUCUUAACCCAAUUACUUCCCUUUAUUACGUUGCUCCUUGUUGUUUCCUUUUCUUGCUUAUUCCCUGGGUUACAGUUGAACUUCCUUCACUCAAAGAAAACUCAAGUUUCCAUUUUGAUUACUUCAUCUUCGGGACCAACUCUUUUUGCGCGUUCGCUUUGAACCUGGCGGUGUUUUUGUUAGUUGGGAAGACAUCAGCGUUGACAAUGAACGUGGCUGGCGUGGUCAAAGACUGGUUGCUGAUAGCCUUUUCCUGGUCGGUGAUUAAAGAUACGGUGACUCCAGUUAAUUUGUUUGGUUACGGGCUUGCAUUUUUGGGGGUUGCAUAUUAUAAUCAUUCCAAGUUGCAAGGGCUUAGAGAGAGGGAAGCACAGAGGAGAGCUGAGGAGGCUGAUGAUGAGGAAAGUGGCAGACUGUUGGGUCAGAGAGAAGGGGAUGGGACUACGAGAAGAAAUGAAUCACAGGGUUAAUUUUGAUUUCCUACACUUGAUUUUAAGAAAAUUCUGUUUUUUCUUUGAACUUCUAGAUAAUGAAAGUUAAACUGGUGAGAGAUCAUAGAGGUGUUUAGUUUCUUUUCUGUGCUUGCUCUGUUUAUGUUUAUUAUUCUUGGCUGCGCACUCAUGUUAUUGGGGCCAUUUUGUUGGAUGAUUUAUCUUGUCAAUGGUGCCAAUUCAUGUUGUAGGCUCGUAGCUGUGGGCAUUUAUACUGAUCAUGAUUUAGACAAAAAAGUUUGCUAUAUAUUAACAUUGCCAAUUACUUA